AUGUUUUAUGAACUCCUUUGUAUAUCUAGAGCUGGUUUGAUGGAGGCAAACUUUAAAGACCUUGUUCGAAAGUCGGCUAAACUUGUUCUGGAACGAGGUGGAGUUGUGAGAGGGUUUGAGAAUUGGGGAGAAGUUUCAUUACCAACAAGAACACGGAGACACCAAGAGUACCACGAUCGUGGACACUUUUGGUUAAUGCAUUUUGACACCAAUCCGGUUGUAAUAUCUGAACUACGAAAAAUGUAUAAUAGUGAUCCUCGUGUUAUUCGAGGAAAUGUAAUUAAACUUGGUGAAAAACUUGAAGACAUAGUACACAGACCUGAUAAGACUCAUUAA